AGACCAAUGCCUUUGUAAUGGGAGCUUCUUAUAAAUGUUUCUAUUGGCUAAAGAAUGACAAAUGUUUUUUAUUUUUGGUGUCUAGGAACACAAUGACGUGCAAUGACACAGAAUAAAAGCCAUUAAAAUGACCACAGGUUCAAACACACUGAACAGGCAUCAACCAGGCAGCUGACUUGGUGAGACACCGGAUUACAAACAUCUAACCACUGAAUUCAAGAGGACCACAGACGAGCAGUGUUUCACCCUGUAGAAAUAGCAUAAACUACUAGGUGCUGAGCAAAAACAUCCUGGAAUAAAUUACAAACCAAAGGUGGUUAAAAGCUUACUGGACACUUCUGAAAGCUGAGGAUGUCCAACCAGGACACAGAGGGAAGCAAGUGUGUAGAGGAGAGACCCAAAUGGAACAACAAGGCUGAAUAUCUGUUGACUUGCAUUGGCUUUGCAGUAGGACUGGGGAACGUGUGGCGGUUCCCUUACCUCUGUCAGAUUUAUGGAGGAGGUGCGUUCCUGAUCCCUUACUUCAUUGCCUUGGUGUUCCAGGGUCUGCCUCUUCUUUACCUGGAGCUGGCCAUAGGACAGAGGCUGCGCACGGGGAGCAUCGGAGUCUGGAACUCCAUAUCUCCUUACCUGGGAGGAGUAGGUAUAGCCUCUCUGGUUGUGUCUUUCUGCGUGAGUCUUUUCUACAACACCAUCGUGGCCUGGGUACUAUGGUACCUGUUCAACUCAUUUCAGGAACCUCUUCCUUGGAGCCAAUGUCCCCUCAACAUCAACAACACAGGCUUUGAGGAGGAGUGUGUGGAAAGCACACCGGUCAACUACUUCUGGUACCGUGAGACCCUGAACAUCAGUCCCAACAUUGAGACUAGUGGUUCGUUACAGUGGUGGUUGGUGGUCUGCCUAGCGACUGCCUGGUGCAUCGUCUACAUCUGUUUCAUCAGAGGCAUCGAGACCAUUGGCAAGGCUGUGUAUGUCACUGCCACCUUCCCCUACCUCGUUCUCACCAUAUUCCUGGUCAGAGCCCUGAUCCUGCCUGGAGCUACCGACGGUCUGAAACACCUGUUCACACCCAAAUGGGACAUCCUUCUGAACCCUCAGGUGUGGCUGGACGCUGCCACUCAGAUCUUCUUCUCACUGUCACUGGCCUUUGGAGGACUCAUCUCGUUCUCCAGCUACAAUCACCAGAAGAAUGACUGUGAGAGGGAUGCCAUUGUGGUGGGAGUCAUAAACAGCGCUACAUCCAUCUAUGCCUCUAUCCCCAUCUUUGCCAUCCUGGGCUUUAAGGCCCACACCAACUUUGUCACCUGUCUAAAUGAUAACAUUUUAGCACUUACGAAUGACUUCGAAAUAAGUGACAUGAACAUAACGAUUGACAACUAUGACCAGUGGUUUGACUAUUUAAACACGACACAUACAGAGAAGGUAUCCAACCUCCACCUGAAAACCUGCAACAUGCAAGACUUCCUGGACCAGAGUGCAUCUGGCACAGGAUUGGCUUUCAUUGUGUUCACAGAAGUAGUCAUAUCCAUGCCUGCCUCUCAGGUGUGGGCUGUGUUGUUCUUCAUCAUGCUGUUCAGUCUGGGCCUGUCCUCCAUGUUUGGCAAUCUGGAGGGUGUCCUCUCACCCAUCCAUGACCUUAAACUGAUACCUGAGUGGAUACCGAGAGAACUCUUCACAGCAAUAAUCUGCACAGUAUCCUUCCUGGUGGCACUAAUAUUCACAAUGGGUUCGGGGAACUACUGGUUGGAGAUCUUUAACGGUUAUGUGGGUUCAGUGCCACUCCUCAUCAUUGCCUUCUUUGAGACCAUUGCUGUGGUUUAUGUCUACGGAAUACGCCGGUUCAGUGACGACUUGGAGUUCAUGACAGGGCGAAGACCUAACAUCUUCUGGAAGGUUUGCUGGUUGGUCAUCAGCCCUCUGAUGCUGUUGGUUGUGUUGGUGGCGUAUGUUGCCGUCCAAAUCCAGACAAACCCCACCUAUCCAGCAUGGAAUCCAAAAUAUGAGAAAUUCCCCAACACAGAAGUUCAGCCAUAUCCUGACUGGGUGUUUGCCAUCUGUGUCCUGUUGUCUUCUGUACCAGUCAUGUCCAUCCCCAUGGUUGCCAUCUACAGGUUAAUCUGCCGUUUGGCAGGGAGACGCUCCACAAGCAGCUCUCCCGAGCUCCCAAAUCUCUAUGACAAUGAAGGAUACAUCGUAGACAGUUAGAUCCGGAAGUUACGCUACUUAGAAUCGUUAUCAAUCAUUUUCAGUCUUUCUUGGGAUGCCCCUGGAAAUGCCAAACCACAGGUGUUUUAACAUGAGAAUAUUGGAGUGGGCAGUAUCAGAACCACAGAAUGUACACAUUUCAAAAGUUUGCCUCAUUUUUUAAACAUGUGAUGAUGAUUUGAAGUGAUUUCAAAAUGAGCCAUGGUUUUGGAGAGACAUUUGUCUCCAGGAUACUUUAAUAUAUUAUUUGUAAACACUUAAAGCAAAAUUAAGCAUUGCAGACUAUAUAAUGUAGGGUCUACCAAGUUGUAUAAUAAAAAUGAAGUCAA